CCCAGUGGGACGAAUAUGAUAAUGUUUCUAUUCUGGGCUGUCUUUGAAACAGUAGUGGGGGGAAACCACUGGAAAAGUUUGGGAGAGUGUGACAAACCAAGCUCUCCGAGAGACAAGAAUCGAAACUCGUUGGGCUCUUUGCCCCAAUUUUGGAUUACGACAUGGACGCUUUGAAGUCGGCUGGAAGGGCAAUAAUUCGGAGCCCCAGUCUCGCUAAACAGUCAUGGGGUGUGGGCAGACACAAAAAGCUGCCAGAGAACUGGACAGACACACGGGAGACCCUGCUGGAGGGCAUGGUGUUCCAGCUCAAGUACCUGGGCGUCACGCUGGUGGAACAGCCCAAAGGAGAGGAGCUCUCCGCAGCCGCCGUCAAGAGGAUUGUUGCCACGGCCAAAGCCAGUGGCAAGAAACUCCAGAAAGUGACAUUAAAGGUGUCCCCUCGAGGAAUCAUUCUCUACGACUACGCCUCGAACCAGCUGAUUGAGAACAUCUCCAUAUACAGGAUAUCCUACUGCACAGCAGACAAGAUGCACGACAAAGUGUUUGCCUACAUCGCCCAGAGCCAACAGAACGAAACUCUAGAGUGCCACGCCUACCUCUGCACCAAGAGGAAGGUGGCCCAGGCAGUGACGUUAACAGUGGCCCAGGCCUUCAGAGUGGCGUUUGAGUUCUGGCAGGCCGCCAAAGAAGAGAAGGAGAAACAUGCGAAGUCUGGGUCAGAUGGGGAAGGAGCAAGUAGUAGCCAGUCGGAGAGCUCGUCCAGACUGGGCAGUCUGAAGGGAGGAGAAGUGGCCACAGGGAACCUUCUAGACUUGGCAGAGGGAGCAAACGUGGCGCUGCUGCGCUCGGGGACAAAGGAGAGCGAACCAGACCCAUUCAUGACGCACAACCACACCACAGAGAACAACAAUACUGUAUGGGAGCUUGAGGAUGGUCUGGAUGAAGCUUUCUCAAGACUUGCUGAGUCUCGCAAUAACCCCCAGGUCCUGGACAUUGGGGUAAACCCUCAGGACUUCAACACUGAAGAGUGCCUGUCCCCAGCUAACUGGGACAAAACGGAUGCAGACAACGCCGAAAAAGACUAUAUGUUAGGGUUCUAAGGGUGGAGCCACUGCGGAAGCAAGGCAUCGAGGGGGAGAGCGAAAGAUGGAGAAGGAAAGCGAUGGGGAUGUGGGUGAAAGCAGUAGAGAGGCAGUGACUGUGAGAUGUCUGAGAAAGAAUAGCAGGCCUAGUGGAGUUUGUACAUGAUUCGCCCUGAAAGUCCACUCAGUGUUGCCAUCUUGAGGGAUGUGACUGUUAGUGUGUCUAACUGACCAACCAGGAGGGACCUACCGGAGUCUAGAGCCUCCAGAACUAAGACCAAAGCAAUACAACCAUUUUGUUUUCAUUUCAUUUUAAACAUCCAGUCAUCUGGUGUUUGCUACAUUCAAUACCCCAUUAUUCAAUUAGCCUCUGUCUCUACUGACUGGUAGGUUUUUACUGUAUGUAUGUGUUUAUAUACAGUAUACAUAAUCUGACACAAACUGAGCUAUAUUUUAUCACUUGUUUAGCAUUUGGUGAAGGUGCAUUUAAGCGUUAGAGGCAGAAAAUAAUGUGUAUACGGGCUUUAACAAAAUGUACUUACCACAGGAGGCUGCUGAGGGGAGGAUGGUGCAUAAUGGCUGGAAUGGAGUGAAUGGAACGGUAUCAAACACAUGGAAACCGUGUGUUUGACGUGUUUUCAAUUCCAUUUAUUCCCUUCAAGCCAUUACUAUGAGCCUGUCCUCCCCAAUUAAGGUUUCACUGGCCUCCUGCGUUACUUGCAUACACAAUAUGUGGGUUGUGUGUGUAUAAAGAAUCUUAUUUUUAUUCUAUUGCAAAAUCUAUUUUUGCAGUCUCCACUCAUCCCUCUACAAAGCACAUACUUCCGUUGAUUGUUAUUAUAAUAACCAUCUAGCUCUUACAUGUACCACUGUAAUAUUGUCUAAUCUGGUUUGUGCUCAUUUUGAUAGUUUACUUGACAGUUUGGAGAUUUCAUUUUGAAGAUAUUAUAUGAGGGUUUGAGUUGAGUUCAAGUCUCCGUGUUAAUAUCGCUGACAUUUUUUGAUACAGUUUGAAAGGCAUUUUUAUAAUUUCUCGUAUUAUGUUACCUCUGAAUUCAAUAAAAUGUAUGCAUCAG